CCGUCGGCUGCUAUCCUUUGGUGGGGGUGGUUUGCAGAUUGGACAUGUUGAAGGGACUCCGAAGCACAAAUCAUUUGUCGAGAUAAACUGCCUCAACGGCAUGAGUUCGUAUUAUAGUAAUAUUCUGCCAGGUCCUUCUGGUGGUACAGCGGUCCACAUGGACCAGCCACUCUACCACAGUGAUACAAAGUUGGAAAAUAUGUAUCUCCCGAAUUCGCCACAAAUGUCUUAUGACAGUUCGCCGCUAUACGGCACAGGGACUUACAUGCGGUAUGGAGGUUAUGAGAGAGUUGAACCACGAACAGCUGAUAUCAAACCCCAGCAACAGCAACAACAACAGCAACUAGCGAGUUGUUCACCGCCAGCCUCGGCUCAAUAUCCAGUAUAUCACAAUGCAACGGAAAAUAUAUAUGGGACAUCGUUCGAAAACCGAAUGGCAGACUGUAAAAAUAGUGAUGGGUGCCCUCCGAAUCAAAUGCCACCUUUCUAUUAUCAUCCGCAGCAACAACUUGGCGGAAUGCAAGAGGUGACGAACAGUCCAAAUAGCUAUGGUCCUUUAAACGGAAUGUCGUCACAAAAUAUGCCUGUGUACCCUUGGAUGAGACCAGCGAAUGGAGAGGUGCAUUUUGAACAGAAACGGACGCGACAGACAUAUACAAGGUACCAAACUCUUGAAUUGGAGAAGGAAUUCCAUUUUAACCGGUAUCUCACCAGGAGGAGAAGGAUUGAAAUUGCACAUAUGUUGGGACUUACUGAACGCCAGAUUAAAAUCUGGUUUCAAAAUCGACGAAUGAAGUGGAAAAAGGAAAAUAAUUUACAGAAGCUUACAGGUCCCGAUAAAAGCAUGAAGGAAGAGUCACUCUCUCCCCAGAGCAUCACAAACAGUACCCCCAUAAACAUGAACGUCCCUUCGCCCCAGGAUUCGACAGGGUAGGGUGCUACGGCCUUGACACUCCCACUUGAAACCACAGAAAACGAGAAAUACAGUCUCGGUAUAUCCUCAGGGUAAAUGUCUAAACCAGUUGAUCAUUUGAACUCAUCUUUUUUGUAAAUUUGAGUGAUUCAACUGUAUCGGAGACUCGAAUGCGGGUGGAUUUUUGUCCAUUCGUUCGAACCGUGUACCUCGAUCGUGAAAAAGGACAUUUAAACCACCUCAAACUUUACAAAGGAGGAAGAUGCCCGAACGGAUUGGUGAUGAUUCUUGCAAGUGUGAUCAGGAAAUAGACUUGAAAUGCACAAGCUGAAAUUGACAAAAAAAGUGCAAUUGACAGUAAUAGACAUGAUAUGUGUUUCUCAUGCCCCUGAGCCAAGCUUCAAUUCUUACAUUUGAAAUGCUGAUAUUGCAUUAUCUAUACAGUGGGUUAAUCCAGCUUUCACCAGUCAUUAUCCAUCUUCAGACAAACCAUUUUAAUCUGUUUAAAUAUGUUCCUGGUCCUAUGAAACCUUGCAGUGUAAUACCUUAUCGAAAUUCAGUUAAAAACUGAAACACAUUAGAUUAUUCGAUAUUCAAAGGAUGUUAGAAUGAAGGGGAAGACAGAACCAUUCGCCAAAAGACUAGACCAAAUGAAGACUCCCGUUAAAUGUCUGGAAAAUGUUAGCCUACAUUUUCGUAUGUGUAAACUAUUACGAAUUGUUUGUUUCAUAUACCUUUUUACGAAUAAUUGUUGUCCAACCAAUUUAUUUUAAGUAUUGAUUGUAAUUUCGUGAGAAUUGUCUACAUAACACAUUUCGAGGGAGUAAAACUAUUUGCUUUUAGUUAUCAUUCCGGUUUUAUCCAACCAAUCCACAAACCCGUAUUAUCGGGUUGUGCAUUUUAUAUAUACAAUGCUGGAAAUUCAGAGUUUGAAUGCAUAUUUCUAGGGGUUGUAUCCGUUGAUUGCAUAACAGUAGACGAGAAUUUUGAAUAUGUAAUAUAUUUUCCGUGUUGGUUUCCACACAUCAUUGAAAUCCUCAGAGACAAACCGUUGACUUAGUAAUACAAGAUGCUCAAAAGAAAUUCAUGUUCAUUUAACGUCCCAAAACAUUAACGUUAUACAUAAAACAAGUAAAGCCCAACAGUGAUGAAAUGUAAAUAUAUUUAUGAUUUAUAAAAAUAAAUAGCCACAGGUCUAACUGACCAUUUAGUGCUAUUCUGUGUUGUGCGCGCAGGCGAGGAGAAAACUCGGUUCAUCAUUUUUUUGCAAAAACGAGAAUUAUGAAUAUAUUUUGUUAUUUGUAUAUUCAUUUCCAUUUGUCAAUAUCGGUAGUCAAGAUUAGACGUUUAAAUUAUCAACUUACGUUACAAUAUCAUCUUGUUUUCAAUAAAUGUCAUAUCAGUUUAC